AUGUCACCUCCAGCCCCCGAGCUCUUCUUCUCCAGUAACGAGACUCACGUCUCCCAAACUUGCACGACCUACAACCUCACCAGCGGCCAAUUCCACAGCCUCCACAAACGAUGCGCCGCCUCCAAAGCCAAGGCGUAUUGUCCCUACUCGCGAUUUCGCGUCGGAGCUUCGAUCCUUACACUUGACGACCAAUAUAUCGAUGGUGCGAACGUCGAAAAUGCCUCGUAUCCUGUAGGGACUUGUGCGGAGCGCGUCGCGUUUGGUAAGGCUGUGACGGAGGGGCACAAGAAGUUCAAGGCUGUGGCUGUUGCGACGGACAUCUCUCCUCCUGCGAGUCCGUGUGGGAUGUGUAGACAGUUUAUCCGCGAGUUUUGCGAGCUGGAUAUACCAAUACUCAUGUUUGAUAAGGAUGGAGCAUAUGUGGUCAUGAGACUGGAACAGUUACUUCCAAUGUCCUUCGGACCUGAAGCGCUGCCUCCUCCAGGCUCUGCAGGGGCACAAGGCUGA